UGAGUGAUGAAGCCAAAUCAUGACGUGUGAAUCCUCCAAACUUUCCUUCUCUCUGUAUUUGAACCUUGCUUGUACACACCAAAUAGGAGAAAAAGUCGUCUUUUAGAGCAACCUAGAAGCUGUUUCGUAUUGCUUAAAGAAAGAUCCCAGAGCGAAGAAAUUUAAGGUUAUGGCUGGUUUACAACGAUCUGAUGUUUCGUUUAGGAGACAAGGCUCGUCGGGGUUUGUAUUUGAUGACAGAUUCUUGUCAGGGCAGCUCAACAAAGUUAACCAGAAGGAAGACCCUCAUGAUCAACAAGAGCUACAGAAACUAGAUAUCAAAGAGCUAGGCAAGACAUCAAGAACCGAAGUUGGACCAACCAUUACCAUCGAGCGCAGCCGAUCCAACGGUGGAGCACGCGGCUACCGUACAGGGAAGGUAGCUCCGGCGAUCGAGCCACCUUCGCCGAAGCUCUCGGCGUGCGGGUUUUGCGCCGCUUUCGGACAGGCAGGGAAAAAGGAAAGGAGAACGCGGAAGCCAGCUGGUACAGGAUGAUCAUCAGAGAGCUAGUCAUGUUAUGAAUUGGUAUCUCUCGGUAUCAGAGAUGGUGAAAAGUGAGAACACAGGAGAUCGAAGCUACUUCGAUCCUUUGGCAGUAAAGUCGGUGUUGUUGUUGGGAUCACAGGCCAAAAGAGUCAUGGUGGGGUACGACUGUCUCCAUACAACUCUGGAGGUCGGGAUCUUAAUUGCUGCAUGUAUAUAUCCACCUUCCUUCCCCCCCUCCAGUGUUGUCUUUCUUCUGUUCCCACGUUGGCUUUUUGUGUUGGAAUGAUUCAAAGCCACCAAUGCGCGCAUGCACCAAUUCUCA